UGAUAAGCUCACAGAGCUAGAUAACGAAUACCAUUUAACACAUAAAUUAAUAUAUUUGUUGUAACGACCGUUUACCGAUUGUGAUUUUGUGUUAAUAAUAAGUAAUUCGGUUUUGGAUCGGAAUUAUAUUGCUGGGGUAAUACUCCGGCAUUGCCAUUUGUUUGUGAGAAUCAUUUGUGCUCAGACGCGCCUCCAGUGAAAUUAUUCUCUUGUUAUUCCGGUUAUUAAAAUAGAUUAUACAAACUUAAUACAAUGGCCGGUGCCAAUCCUUUUGCGCAGUUUCAAAAGUCAUUUUCGUUGAAUGGAACAACAUACAAAUACUUCGACUUGGCUUCAAUUGAUCCAAACUACAAUAAACUACCGUACUCAAUUCGUGUGCUCCUGGAAUCUGCAGUGAGAAACUGCGAUAACUUUUAUGUACUUGAAAAAGAUGUGCAAAACAUUUUGGCUUGGACUCCCGACCUGAGGCAAGGUCAAAACGAUGUGGAAGUUUCCUUCAAGCCGGCACGUGUUAUACUGCAGGAUUUCACUGGUGUUCCCGCUGUUGUGGACUUCGCUGCAAUGCGUGAUGCAGUCUUAAAACUUGGUGGUGAUCCCGAGAAAAUUAACCCAAUUUGUCCUGCCGAUUUGGUGAUCGAUCAUUCGGUUCAAGUGGAUUUCACAAGAAGCACGGAUGCAGUAACAAAGAAUGAAAGUUUAGAAUUUCAACGUAAUAAAGAACGUUUUACAUUCUUAAAGUGGGGAGCACGCGCUUUCAACAACAUGUUAAUUGUUCCACCUGGUUCUGGUAUAGUUCAUCAAGUAAAUUUGGAAUAUUUGGGGCGGGUAGUAUUCGAGGAAGGCAACGGCAAUACAAAACUGCUCUAUCCGGAUAGUGUUGUCGGUACCGAUUCGCAUACGCCCAUGAUAAACGGUUUAGGUGUACUUGGUUGGGGUGUUGGAGGUAUUGAAGCUGAAGCUGUUAUGUUAGGGCAAUCGAUUUCCAUGUUGCUACCAGAAGUAGUUGGUUACAAGCUUGUCGGAAAACUGGGACCCCUCGUUACAUCUACUGAUUUGGUAUUGACUAUUACCAAAAAUCUAAGACAACUAGGUGUUGUUGGCAAAUUCGUCGAAUUCUAUGGUCCAGGUGUAGCAGAGUUGAGUAUAGCGGAUCGUGCCACCAUCGGUAAUAUGUCUCCAGAAAACGGCGCAACUGUGAGCUUCUUUCCCAUCGACGAAAACACAUUGGCUUAUUUGAGACAAACAAAUCGCUCAGAGGAAAAAAUUGAGGUUAUCCGACAAUAUUUAAAAGAAACGGGUCAAUUACGUGAUUAUAAUGACGUCUCACAAGAUCCAAUUUACUCUCAGACUCUAACUCUUGACUUGUCAACUGUCGUUACUUCUGUUUCGGGACCUAAACGACCGCAUGAUCGUGUUGCAGUUUCAGAUAUGAAGGGUGACUUCCAAGCCUGUCUGGUCAAUCCUGUCGGCUUUAAAGGAUUUGCCAUUGCUCCAGAAACUCUACAAGCCGCUGGACAAUUCCAAUGGGAUAAUGGAAAAACUUACACUAUUCGCCAUGGUUCAGUUGUGAUUGCUGCAAUUACAUCUUGUACAAACACUUCCAAUCCUUCGGUUAUGUUGGGAGCUGGCUUACUUGCCAAAAAGGCGGUAGAAAAAGGACUGUCAGUGAUGCCUUAUAUUAAAACAUCGCUAUCACCAGGAUCUGGUGUGGUUACCUAUUAUUUGCAAGAAUCGGGAGUUAUUCCAUACUUACAGAAGUUAGGUUUUGAUAUUGUCGGCUACGGUUGUAUGACAUGUAUCGGCAACUCCGGACCACUUGACGAUAAUGUUGUAAAUACCAUCGAAAAGAAUGGCUUGGUGUGCUGUGGUGUUUUGUCCGGAAACCGAAACUUCGAAGGACGCAUUCAUCCUAAUACCCGCGCCAACUACUUGGCCAGCCCACUGUUGGUUAUUGCUUACGCAAUUGCUGGUCGCGUCGAUAUUGAUUUUGAAACAGAGCCAUUAGGUCAGGGCCCGUCUGGUGAAAAGGUAUUCUUGCGUGAUAUAUGGCCAACCCGCAAUGAAAUCCAAGACGUCGAGAGUAAACACGUCAUACCAGCUAUGUUCAAAGAAGUUUACGGUAAAAUAACAUUGGGAUCUGAAGACUGGCAAAAGAUUGAGGUAGCUGAAAGCAAAUUAUAUCCGUGGAAUACUGAAUCUACAUACAUUAAGCACCCACCAUUUUUCGAUGGUAUGACCCGUGAAUUGCCACCACUGAAGGGUAUACAAAAUGCGCGCUGCUUAUUGUAUUUAGGCGAUUCUGUUACAACAGAUCAUAUAUCACCGGCCGGUUCUAUUGCUAGAAAUUCGCCCGCUGCACGUUAUCUAUCCGAACGUAAUUUGACGCCACGCGAUUUCAACUCGUAUGGAUCACGUCGUGGCAAUGAUGCUGUAAUGGCCCGCGGCACGUUCGCAAAUAUUCGUUUAGUUAAUAAAUUGGUGAGCAAAACCGGUCCACGCACGGUGCAUAUACCAAGCAACGAAGAAAUGGAUGUGUUCGAUUGUGCUGAUCGUUAUCGUGAAGAUGGCACACCAUUAGUGCUUAUAGCAGGCAAAGACUACGGUAGCGGUUCCAGCCGCGAUUGGGCUGCUAAAGGCCCCUUGUUAUUGGGCAUCAAAGCCGUAAUAGCUGAGUCUUACGAACGUAUUCAUCGUUCUAAUUUGGUUGGUAUGGGCAUCAUACCUCUGCAAUUCUUACCAGGACAAAAUGCAGACACUUUAAAUCUAAAUGGACGCGAGGUCUAUAAUAUUUCUAUACCAGAGAGCGACUUGAAACCUGGUCAGAAAAUUCAAGUUGAGGCUAAUGGCGUAGUGUUCGACACUAUUGUACGAUUCGACACGGAAGUCGAUAUUACCUACUACAGGAACGGUGGAAUUCUGAACUACAUGAUUCGAAAAAUGUUUGCUUAAUUGAAAAUGCACAGCAAUGCGGGCAAUAUAUAUGGAUAUAACAAGUAAAAGGAAGACACUUCCGAAGGCCUUUUAUUAUUCAGAGUUUAAACUUUCCAGUUAUGCAUGAAAUGCAAAAUAUUUUUAAUAAUAAGGCAUCAAGGUUAAAAGGUGUAAAAACUUCUGUAUCUUCAACUAUAGUGUUUCUCGACUUUCGUUGGGUACCCGCAGCUCGUCAUUCUAUCCCAAUUUAAAACGUUUCGUAGUAAAUUUUUCAUUGGAAAAUUCGAAUAUUCAGCGAAAUGCAUUGAUGUUCUAGCUUUAUGAUCGCUAAAUACGCACUGGGACGGUCCUUCGUCAUCAUAAGCUAACACACCAAAGCAAUUAAUUGUGAAAUAUCCUUACACUAAUACCGUAGAAAAUAUUAUAUAUUGUUUUCAACGUUUCUGGACGUCUAUGGAUUUCCGCGCCAACUAAGUGUGCAUAUAGCAAAUGCAGGCCUCUUAUAAGCUCGUCUUUUGCGUUCGUUGCCCUAAUUCUAUGUCAUUUAUCGGGUUACUUACGAAUACAAAAAAUUUCUGCUAAAACAUAAGAGUUGAAAACGCAGAAAAAAUUACCAAUUUUACUGCAAACUCAAUACAUGUAGCUUAAGAAAGCAAUUUUCUGUAAUAGUCAGCAUUAUAUAUCUUCAUUUUGAUUGAAUCGGCAUUGUAAUCGCACACAACAACGAGAACGUACUCAUUUUGGUUAAGUAUUUUUUUUUGUUUUUAAUAUAAUAACUGAUACCUCAUAUGCCAUGAACGAUACUACUGCACACACACACACGGAGUACUGAAAGUACUUCAGACUUGAGUAUAUAUUUUAAGUUGUUCAAAUUGAUCUCUUAUCAUUAUAAGCACGGUAUUUUUUUUGGUAAUUCCUGUUCAUCAAAAAUAUUAUUGGUAAGUAAAUGUUGCAUUAGGAGUUUAAACCAGCUUUUAGUUUUUUUUUUUAAUUUUCUAAUAAACUGUUUAAGAAAAUAUAAUGUAGAAAAGAAGGUCGGAGACAAUGGGGAUGUUCGAGUCUCAAUCACUGCGGCAGUAUAGCAAGGCAUCAUAUUCGACGCAAUAAUUUUGCAGAAUCUGCAGAAAAACAGCACUGUCGCAAUAUUGCUGCAGUUAUUUGCUUGCUCGAACAUCCCCAAUUCCUCCUAGGCUCGGAGUUUUCAGGGGUCUGGAGUUCUACAAAAUUUGUUUGCAGUUUUUUUUUUCUUCAACAAUUGCUGCCAUUAUGAAUCAAUGUCGUUUUUUCAUGUAAUAUUAUAAUUUGAAAUUAUGCUCCUACAGACUUCCCGGCGGUUAACAUCAAUUAAAAAGUAAAGUUCGGAACCAAUAAUUAUUCUGGAUGCUUUAUCCGAACUUUACCAAGUUAUCAUAUAUACAUAUAUUGAACACAUGCAACAUCAACAAGAAAUAUAAGUAUGGUAUAAGGAAACUAUUUUUUUCUCAAAACAAGUAUUAUAUAUUAUAAUAUUAAUAAAUUGAUGGGGCCCGCA